AUGCCUGAAAAAAACCACACUGCAGUGACCGAGUUCAUUCUCUUGGGUUUCACUGACCGUCUGGAGGUGGAGUUACCUUUGUUUGGGCUCUUCCUGCUCAUCUAUAUCACCACGCUGGUGGGCAACGCUGGCAUCAUUGUGCUUGUCUGGCUCAACACCUGCCUUCAUAGCCCCAUGUACUAUUUCCUAAGCAAUUUAUCUUUCUUAGACCUCAGCUAUUCAUCUGCCAUUGCUCCCAAGAUGCUGCUGAAUCUGUUAGCACAGCGGAAGACCAUUUCUGUCUUCGGUUGUGCAACACAGAUGUUUCUCUUCGCUGCCCUCGCUGAUGCCGAGUGCCUCAUUUUGGCUGUGAUGGCCUAUGACCGCUACGUGGCCAUAUGUCGUCCUCUUCUCUACACCGUCACCAUGUCCCGCCGGGUCUGUGCCUUCAUGGUAGCCGGGGCUUAUCUCAGUGGGGUUCUGACCUCACUGCUCCACACGAGUUUCGUGUUCACCCUGUCGUUCUGUGGCUCCAACACCAUCAACCACUUUUUCUGUGACAUUCCCCCGCUGCUGGAGCUCUCCUGCUCCAAAACACAGGUCAACGAGGUCCUCCUCUUCACCUUGUGUGGCUUUAUACAAACCAGCACCUUCCUGAUCAUCGUCGUCUCCUAUGCCUGCAUCCUUGGCACCAUCCUUCAGUUUCAUGCUGCAGAGAGCAGGCACAAGGCCUUCUCCACCUGCACCUCUCACCUGAUGGCUGUUGGCUUAUUCUACGGCUCCCUCCUCUUCACCUAUUUACGGCCUAGCUCUAGCUACUCACCAGACACAGACAAAAUAAUUGCUGUAUUUUACACUGUGGUCUUUCCCAUGCUGAACCCCAUGAUCUACAGCCUGAGGAACAAGGAGGUUAUGGAAGCCCUAAGAAGAUCAAUAGAGAGGAAAGUGUUUUCUCAGACACUUACUUAGCAGGAGAAAAGGCAAUGAAUAGGCUGUAGGGUAGGACUGGUGCAGUACAGCACAAAAACAUUCAACCUGUCUUUCUAAAUGCAGAUAUCCGUGUUUACUAACAUCUCCAUCUAAACUAGUUUCCCCAGUUUCACUUUGUUGUUAAUGAAGAAAAACAGGUUUUGGUGCUUGCAUUUAGUGAGCUUACCCUCAAGCAGCAAAUUUUAUGGAAGAGACCACUUCAUACACCUAAGAGAGAUUUGCUGGUUUUUAAAAACUGAGUAUUGGUAUCCUGGAGAAACCUUCCAUUCAUGUAGUAAGCAGCUUUCCUGUACGUUUUGCGGGAUUGUUUUGUGGCACUGCGUCAGAAGCAUGAGUGACAUGUCUCAUCUCUUUCUCUUUCAUUAGGCUGUGUUACUGAUUAUACACUGUAAUAGAUGUGUGC